AUGAAGUUUCUGACGUGUUUGUGCGCGUGCCUUUUUGUGACCCAAGCGAAAGUUCACAAUGUGACUGUUGGGUACUUAACCGUUGACCAAUCGGAUGGGUAUGUGCGACACAAACAGGCUAGAAUUAUCUCAGGGGCGAUUUCUUAUGCCAUUGAGAAAAUCAACGGAGAUUCUUUCCUUCUUAAAAACUAUCAUCUAAACUUAGUGUGGAAAGAUACUAAAGCUAGCACCCUUGUGGGUACCAAAUUACUCACUCACUUAUGGAGGGAUGGUGCGGUGGCUUUUUUUGGCUUAGAGGAUAGCUGCAAUGUGGAGGCAAGAGUUGCGGCAGCUUGGGAUCUUCCAAUGUUGUCCUAUAAAUGUGCUGACUAUGAUGUUUCCGACAAACAGAAGUAUCCAACAUUUGCUCGAACAUUCCCACCUGCCACUCAAGUCACCCGGUCCAUCAUUUCAAUUCUUUUGCAUUUUAAAUGGACUCGCUUUUCCCUUAUCGUCGGCUCGUCUCACAAGCAGCAGACGAUUGCCGAGAAACUCCUGGAGCUAUCAAAGAGCUACGACAUCACACUAAAUGACAGAAAAGACUACACAGAGCCACAUAUCCCGCUAACAACCGGAAACCCUUUCCCGGGAAUAGUUGAGAACACAUUUAUAGACACACGAGUCUAUGUUUUUCUGGGCGAUGUCAAUGGAGUUGUGGACCUGAUGACAAAUCUUUAUGACCGCGGUCUUCUAGACACUGGAGAAUAUGUUGUCAUCUUUGUCGACCAUGGGAUGUUUGAUGUCACCGCACCGCUCAAAUAUUUCAGACGUACUACUGACAGUCCCAGCGACACACGAAACAUCGAAGCGUCUCGAUCGCUACUCAUCAUCACAUCCAGUCCUCCAUCUAACCCAGAUUACGAAGACUUUGAAAUCACAGUCAAUGAUUACAACGAAAGGCCUCCAUUUAAUUUCCCUAACCCAUUCAGAAGCAGAAAAAAGAUCACCGUUUAUGCUGCUUACCUUUAUGACGCGGUAAUGCUGUACGCACGCGCUGCACAGGAAGUGCUCGACAGCGGAGGAAGCAUUAUUAACGGAACAGAAAUAAUCAACCGAAUUCUGUCAAGAGAGUAUGAAAGUAUUCUUGGUUUCACUACCAAAAUAGACAAGAAUGGUGACGCGGAAGGCAACUAUACUCUACUAGCACGAGUACCACACGCAACAAAAUCUGCGUUAUAUUCUAUGUUACCUGUGGGACAUUUCGAAAUGGCGACAGGACAUCACGUGCUGAGAUUUUUCCCGGGACAAUCUGUCGACUGGGUAACAGGGGAGCCCCCAGUUGACCGACCUCCAUGUGGUUACAGGGGAGAGAAAUGCAUUCCAGUGAAAGGCUACACUUUGGAAAUUAUCGGCGGAGUCCUUGGAGGAAUAACAAUGAUAGUCAUUAUCAUAGCUUUGGUGGUGUAUCGAAAUUGGCGCUAUGAACAAGAGAUUGCGGGUCUUCUAUGGAAAAUCCCGAUUUCAGAGAUACAUAUGCCUCACCAGUCUUCAUCACCAAAUGAUCGCCGCGACAGUUUAAGUAGUAAGAUCUCCCUCGGUAGCCAGCAGUCGUUUGACUCACGCAUGUCGUUUACUCAAAUCUACACCAGAACAGCCACUUACAAAGGUCAAAUGGUGGCACUCAAGAUUUACGAGAAGAAAGACUUUGUCUUGACCCGUAAGAUGCAGAAACAAAUGAAAGCGAUGAGGGAUAUUCGGCACAAUAAUGUUAACCCCUUUAUAGGAGCCUGUGUAGACCCCCCAACAUUUACCCUCCUAACAGAAUACUGCAUCAAAGGCAGCUUACAGGACAUAUUGGAAAACGAGGUCAUCAAAUUGGACGAGAUGUUCAUUGCAUCGCUUGUGAAAGACAUCAUACAGGGUAUGCUAUUUCUGCAUGGUUCCGAACUUAAUGUUCAUGGAAACUUAAAGAGUUCUAACUGUGUGGUGAAUAGCCGGUGGACUUUACAAGUGGCCGACUUCGGGCUCCUUGACGUGAGAGCAGGGACAUACAAGAUGGAGGAUGAACAUGCAUUUUACAGAAAUUCAUUCUGGCGGGCACCUGAACAUAUUCGUAAAUUGACCAAGGAGGCUUCGCAGAAAGGAGACGUAUACUCUUUCGGGAUAAUUCUUCACGAGAUUAUCGGAAGGGCUGGACCCUACGGAUACUGCAAUAUGUCACCGAAAGAAAUAAUAGAUAAUGUAAGGAAAGGAGGCCAUCCAAUAUUCCGUCCAGACACUAAAUAUUUGAAAUGUGAACAAUACGUCAUUGAAUGUAUGCGCAGCUGUUGGGACGAAGAUCCGGAACUCCGCCCUGACUUUAGAGUGAUCUCUAAAGCCCUAUCUCCAAUGCGGAAGGGCAUGAAGCGGAACAUUUUCGACAAUAUGAUGAUGAUGAUGGAGAAGUAUCAAUCACAUCUCGAAGAAUUGGUGGAAGCCCGAACAGACCAGCUUGUGGAAGAAAAGAAAAAGACGGAAGCCCUACUACAUCGUAUGUUACCCAGUUCUAUCGCUGAACAGCUGAAAAGAGCAGAGUACGUAGAACCAGAGUCCUUUAAGUCUGUCACGAUUUACUUUAGUGACAUAUGUGAGUUCACGCGGCUGUCUGCGGAAAGUACACCAAUGGAGGUCGUUAAUCUGCUGAAUGACCUUUAUACGUGUUUUGAUUCGAUAAUCCGGAGCUAUGACGUGUACAAAGUCGAGACGAUAGGUGACGCCUACAUGGUGGUUAGUGGAAUCCCAAACCGGAACGGCGACAACCAUGCUGGUGAAAUUGCAUCCAUGUCACUUGAACUCUUGAGAGCAAUAAAAAAGUUCACAAUCCGUCACCGACCCAACGAAGUGCUUCGAUUACGAAUCGGCAUACAUUCUGGGCCUUGUGUAGCUGGCGUCGUGGGACUAAUCAUGCCUAGAUACACGUUGUUUGGAGAUACUGUAAACACAGCCUCAAGGAUGGAGUCCAAUGGUGAAGCUUUAAAGAUCCACUGCAGUAAAGAAUGUAAAGUGUUGCUUGACAAACUUGGGGGUUACACAACAACAGAGCGUGGACUUGUUAGUAUGAAGGGUAAGGGAGAGUUGUUCACAUACUGGCUAACGGACGAGGAUGCAAGUGUUCGCCAUGAGAGAUUACGAAGAUGUAGUGAAUUAUUCAAAUAUAAUUCUCCCUGGGCACGUGAGAGUAGACGGGCAUAUCUACGUCACGUGAACGAUGACUACAUGGUGGAUGAACCCCUUCCGGAUUUAUCUUUCCUAGACAAUAACGGAGACAUUCAGAAGGCAGAUCAACCUAUAUUGGAAAUUCUUAGGGAAUGUGAGGUAACCCCGAUACGAAGUGACUCUCCGAAACAUUUCUCUUCAAGUUUGGAACGUGGUGAAUCUCCAAGAACAUGUAGACUUCUCAAAUCGCCUAUUGCUAAUAAGAUUCGUCAUGGUCCGAAUGGCCUCCUAUUUGAGGAACGGCGUUUACGCAAUAUUGACCGGGCUGGCUCCGGUCAAGACAUCGUAGAAAGAGCUGCUUUAAUGUUAGAUGUUGACGAGAUGGACAAUUGUGAAACACGAAGUGGUUCCUUUGAUAACAGAAACCAUGUGAAUGUCAUCUUGCCCAACUCGCUUCCUGGAAAUUCACAUGCACAGUCAUAUAUGGAUACCGGGACGGGCAACAACAAUAACACAUCUCAAAAACUUGCGAUCGGGGAAAAUAUUGCUUUGGAAGAACAUUGGCAAAACUCAGAUAUGGGUUCAUCUCCACUGAUAUAG